AUGGCCUCCUGGGGCCCCGGACUCCCGCUCCUGCUGCUCCUGCUGCUGCUGCUGUCGCCGCCUCCUGUGGCCUCGGCUUCUGAUCGACCUCAGAGUGGAUCCCCUGUCAACCCAGAGAAGUUGCUGGUGAUCACCGUGGCCACCGCUGAGACAGAGGGAUACCGGCGUUUCCUGCGGUCAGCUGAGUUCUUCAACUACACAGUGCGGACGCUGGGCCUGGGAGAGAAGUGGCGAGGGGGUGAUGUGGCCAGAACAGUCGGUGGAGGACAGAAGGUUAGGUGGCUCAAGAAGGAAAUGGAGAAAUAUGCAGACCGAGAGGAUAUGAUCAUCAUGUUUGUGGACAGCUAUGAUGUGAUUUUGGCUGGCAGCCCCUCCGAACUGCUGAAGAAGUUCGUCCAGAGUGGCAGCCGCCUGCUGUUCUCUGCAGAGAGCUUCUGCUGGCCUGAGUGGGGGCUGGCAGAGCAGUACCCUGAGGUGGGCACGGGGAAGCGCUUCCUCAACUCUGGUGGAUUCAUUGGCUUUGCCCCCACUGUCCACCAAAUUGUCCGCCAGUGGAAGUACAAGGAUGACGAUGAUGAUCAGCUGUUCUACACGCGACUCUAUCUGGACCCAGGACUGAGGGAGAAAUUCAGCCUUAAUCUGGACCAUAAAUCCCGGAUCUUUCAGAACCUCAACGGGGCUUUAGAUGAGGUGGUUUUAAAAUUUGAUCAAAAUCGUGUGCGUAUACGGAAUGUGGCCUACGACACGCUUCCUGUUGUGGUGCAUGGGAACGGUCCUACUAAGCUCCAGCUGAAUUACCUGGGAAACUAUGUCCCUAACGGCUGGACUCCUGGGGGAGGCUGUGGAUUCUGUGACCAGGACCGGAGGACACUUCCAGAGGGGCAGCCUCCUCCCCGGGUGCUUCUGGCCGUGUUUGUGGAACAGCCUACCCCGUUCCUGCCCCGCUUCCUGCAAAGGCUGAUGCUCCUGGACUAUCCCCCCGACAGGAUCACCCUCUUCUUACAUAACAACGAGGUGUACCAUGAACCCCACAUUGCCGACUCCUGGCCCCAGCUCCAGGACCACUUCUCAGCUGUGAAGCUGGUGGGGCCAGAGGAGGCCCUGACCCCAGGCGAGGCCAGGGACAUGGCCAUGGACAAGUGUCGGCAGGACCCCGAGUGUGAAUUCUACUUCAGUCUGGAUGCUGAUGCCGUCAUCACCAACCAGCAGGUCCUGCGCAUCCUCAUUGAAGAAAACAGGAAGGUCAUCGCGCCCAUGCUGUCCCGCCAUGGGAAGCUGUGGUCCAACUUCUGGGGAGCCCUGAGCCCCGACGAGUACUACGCACGCUCCGAGGACUACGUGGAGCUGGUGCAGCGGAAGCGAGUGGGCGUGUGGAACGUGCCCUACAUUUCCCAGGCGUACGUGAUCCGGGGGAACACCUUACGGACAGAGCUGCCUCAGAGGGCGGUGUUCUCCGGCAGUGACACCGACCCAGACAUGGCCUUCUGUAAGAGCCUGAGGGACAAGGGCAUCUUCCUCCAUCUCAGCAACCAACAUGAGUUCGGCCGCCUCCUGGCCACUUCCCGGUACGACACAGACCACCUGCACCCCGACCUCUGGCAGAUCUUUGACAACCCCCUGGACUGGAAGGAGCAGUAUAUCCACGAGAACUACAGCCGGGCUCUGGCAGGGGAGGGACUCGUGGAGCAGCCCUGCCCAGAUGUGUACUGGUUCCCUCUGCUCUCAGACCAGAUGUGUGAUGAGCUGGUGGAGGAAAUGGAGCACUACGGUCAGUGGUCAGGAGGCCGGCAUGAGGACUCAAGACUGGCUGGGGGCUAUGAGAACGUGCCCACCGUGGACAUCCACAUGAAGCAGGUGGGCUACGAAGACCAGUGGCUGCAGCUGCUGAGGACGUACGUGGGGCCCAUGACCGAGAGCCUGUUCCCAGGCUACCACACCAAGACCCGGGCGGUGAUGAACUUCGUGGUCCGCUACCGGCCGGAUGAACAGCCUUCUCUGCGGCCACAUCAUGAUUCGUCCACCUUUACUCUCAACGUCGCUCUCAACCACAAGGACCUGGAUUAUGAGGGAGGCGGCUGCCGCUUCUUACGCUACGACUGCGUGAUCUCAGCCCCACGGAAGGGCUGGGGGCUUCUGCACCCUGGCCGUCUCACCCACUACCAUGAGGGGCUGCCUACCACGAGGGGCACUCGCUACAUCAUGGUGUCCUUUGUCGACCCCUGA